CCAAACGCCAUUCCAUUCGUUCUAUCUAACUCUUUUGUAUAAAACAUGAAGUCUUUCCUUUUGACCGCUCUCGCCGUUAUCGCCUCUGCUACCUACUCGGCUGCUGAAAUCAAAGUCGUCAGUCCCUGGGCCGAUACUACUUGGACUUCUGGUGGCCGCGGUAACAUCACCUGGACUACCGAAUCUUCCGAUGCUAAGAAGGACUGCCAUAUCCAAAUGAUGAACGGCAACGCUACCAACUCCAAUAUGGUUGCCUACGUGACCGCCCCUGACACGCCUGUCAAGUGCUCCACCGAAUCUUACCAGAUCCAUCCUUUGAACGACUUUGCUGCCGGCAAGUACUGGAUCCGUAUCGGCCAGACUGACGCUGCUGACUCGUGGGCCUACUCUGGUGUGUUUGAGUUCAAGGGCAACGGUACCGCUAAGCCUUAUCAUUUGGCCUGUAAGUGUUACACGCAACAUGGAUGAUUGACUAUUUGAAUGUGGAUAGCUAUGUACAUCUAUCUAUACUCACUGCACUGUGUAAUAGCCAACGCUGGUGCUGUUGCCGCUGCUGCGUCGACUAACGCACCCAAGUCCAGCGGAACUGCCACUUCGUCCUCUUCGGCAACACAGGCUGCCCAAUCCGAUGACGCUGAAAGUGCUGCUAUGCAGCUCAGCAUGCAAGGCAAGACCUUGGUUGCUGUUGCAGGUGGUGCUGUUGCUGCUGCCGUUGCAUUGGCCAUGU